GUGAGCGCGCUGUGACGACACGGCGGAGAGCCUAAUAUGCAACUCAGAACGUGUACACUUCCGCUUUAUAGUAUGACCAGAGCUAUCAGAGUAAACUAAAAACUCUCAGAGCGACGAGAUUAACAGUGUUUCACAAAAUGUCAGAUAUGGAUGCUGAAUAUCGUCGUCGGAUGCAUGUGUUUCGUAGAGACCAGCCAGUUGUUACCCACUGUCCUUCAGAAACCACUUAUGAGGCGUGGAUCAACAUCCCUAUUGACAAGAAAUUAGAGGCUGGCCAGUUGCUGAGAAUUUGUGCCUUUUGGGAUCCGAUUCUGCUGGAGCGCCACGAGUCACAUGGCACCACACGCUGGGCUCGACAUGUUGGCUUCAUCAGUUCACUUGACAGUGACGACCUGAGUCUGAAGCAACUGAACAAGAUUGAAACAUUGGAAGCAAUUCUGAGAGCCAUGGAGAAAGGAUGUUUUAACAAAGACCAAACACAGCAGCUGAUCUGGAUAAGCAAUAAGUUCAACUUGCAUGAUGCAGAGGUUCUGGAUGAUGCUGUAAGAUGGCUGGAGAGAGCAGGAGAAAAAUCUAUCUGCCACCGUAUCCAGGAACUCGGCCACAUACAGACCUGCUACACCACCCUGUAUCACAUCUUUACAGUGUAUGCUCAGUUCAUUGUGGACAUGGGAAACAACAUCAGGAAGGUGAUGAGGGAAAUGGCUCUCCACCCCAAUGACUGGGCUGUAGAGAAAUGUGAAGAAAUGAAGAACAAAGGAAAUGAGAAAUUUCAGAAAAACAAGUACGAAGAAGCUGUGGAAUUUUACUCCAAAGCCAUUAACUUUUACCCUGGUAACCACUUAAUUUAUGGGAACAGAGCGCUCUGCUAUAUACGGUGUAAGAAAUAUCUAAACGCUGUUGGUGACGGAAAACGUGCUACUCUGCUAAAACCAGUGUGGGCUAAGGGUCACUACCGGUACUGUGAGGCCUUGUUUUGCUUGGGAGAGUUCAUAAGAGCUAUUGAAGCCAACAAGCAGGCCCAGAUUUUGUGUAAAGACAGCCAGGAGGGAAUCAAGGACCUCGAGCAGCAGUACCAAAGGUUCAUUUCUGUCUUCCCAGAAAUCAAAGUUAUGCCGUCUAAGCAGAGCCACAGUAAAAGACCAAACAGUGCCAGUCGAAAAGAGUCACGAUCACAGCCUGCAAAACCUCCCAAUAAGGUUGAUCCAAUAACCAGUGCAGCUCAACAAAGCCAGGUCUCAGGGGUCAAAAUGGACAAGCAGACCCAACCAAGGAAAAAUGAGGGGACUCCACAUACAGCCAACACUAAGAAAGACUCAAAACAGACUAAAAGUGAGUUGGCUAACAAGAAUGGAAAAGGAGACUCCAACGCCUCUGCAAAAAAGAAAUCAAAGAAUGAAAAUCAUCAACCUAAAGAGGAGAAAGUAGCUGCAAGUAGCACAGGAGUUUGUCAAGCACUGAGGUCAGCAGUGCAGGAUGGCCACUCUGCCCUGGUCGACCUCCGCAGCCGCAGUGCUGAGCAGGCCUUCAGAAAGGCACUGGCCAUACUGGAAACCAGUACACCCAAGGAAUUUGGACUAUCUACAACAGAUGUAUUGUUGUUGUUUUAUGGACGUGCAUCAGCCCUGACAGAAAUUGGCCAACCACAGGAACUCACCGAAGCUCAGAAUGUACUGGAGAAGAUCAAAUUGUUUGAGGAGAGGACAUUUGAGUGUCUUGUAUACUAUGGCAUUGGAAAGGUGUAUCUCAAGGAGAACAGAUAUCCAUAUGCUCUCAGACAGUUUUCAGACGCCUUGCAGAUGGUUAAGAAUCAAAUAACACCAGGUAAACUCACCUGGCCUAUGACAAAAGAGAUUGUCAAAGAAACACAACUCGACUAUUUCAAGGAACUUCUGUUUAAUGUCAUAGAUUUGUGUAAAUUUCCUCCUACGCCUCAAGCGAUUUGUCGGCUUGAGAAUUGUCUUGGCCCUUUGAAAGCUGAAAUCUACUUCACUGACCCAGAUUUUAAGGGCUUCAUUCGAAUAGGUUGCUGCCAAAGCUGUAUUGUGGAGUAUCACAUCACGUGUUGGAAAGCCCUCAAGUCAGUGUCAUUCUCUGACAAGAAUGAAAAGGACUUCCUACAAGAACCAUGUUUCACUCCAGACUGUGGUGGUCAAAUCUGUUGUAUCAAAAUCUUUGGCUCAACAGGCCUCAUCAAAUGUAAGUUUGAGGUUACCAUCACCAAACCCCAGGCUCCACCAAGGCGGAAAGUAAAUCAGAAAUGUACAAGUCAGAAGAAGUUAAAAUCCAAGGAAGAGCGCAAGCUCAGGAGGAUGCAGCAUCGACUGUCAUCUGUGGAUAACCAGGGAAUCAAUGAUGACAUUCUACUGGAGAAAGAAAAUUCAGCAGCUCAGUCUCAGCAGAAAGCCUGGCUGCUGUACAGGGAUCGAGUCCUACUGCAGAUCAGCCAGAAUAUGGAGGUGCUCCGAGUGGAGAAAAACGUCCAUGUUGAAGACCUGGCCAGCAGCCUGAAGCCUUGGCUUGAGCUGGACUUGUCCCGGGGCAACCAGCUGGCAGAGAGGAUGCUGAGCUGGCAGCAGCAGCCGGAGCAGACGCUGGACCAGGCUGUGGAGAUGAUACUGGAGAGGAAGAACCGGGUUUGGGCUCGUGUCUUCCUCCAGUGCCUCAGCAACUCGCUGGACAUCAAUCCAAAGCUGCUGGACUGGGCACGCCAUCUCAACGAUGCAGGUCUGAAUGCUGCCAAAAGCUUCAUUGAACGCCAUGCUGGACAUUUGGAGGAGUUGGAUCUGGCUCUCCUGCUAAAGUUUGGCCCGUUGCAGGACUUGAUUUUAGAGAAGCUUGGGACGAGGCCUGAGGUUUUUACUAAAAUUGGCUUGACGGUGACAGACUACCUAAAACAAGCCCCAUCACAGGACAUGAGACUGUUCAUCUGGACUCUGGAGGAGCAUAGGGAUCAGUAUGUCUCCUGCCACAAUAUACUGGAUGAGUAUUUUGAAAUGAUGGAUGGCCAUUGUUUAAUCUUAAAAAAGUCUGAGAAUGAAAAUCAAAAUAAUUCUCCUAUGAGGUCUAAGAACCGAGGUCGGAAGAAAAAAAAAGAGUCAAAGGGUGUUAUUGUUUUGUCUGGGAUGAGAGGCGCUACUCCAAGAGAUGAAUGGGACCAAGACUUUUUUGAUGAGGAUGACUCUUUAUCAGUCCUUCACCCUGGCGAUCCUUUCAGCGUACCCAGUCACCUUCGAGAGCAUGUUGCUGAUUUUGAGGAGCAGUACAAUGCCACCAACCAUAGAAGUCUCUAUAAAAAGAUUUUAGACAACAAUCCUGAUCCAGCAAAAGAGAAUUUGUAUGACUAUUUUGCCCAGAUCUUGGAGGAGCAUGGUCCCCUGUGUGCUCAGGACCCCCUGCUUGUGGGUGAGCUUGACAACUUCCCAGCUGUGGCUCAAGAGAAGAUUCAAGAGGCUGGCGGCUUUGAGUCCUUUCUCCUGGAGUCCCUUCGCUUCAUAAAGAUGGGACAGCGCAUCGGCCUGGCUAAGCAUGCUGUUUGUCUGCAACAAGCCGGACAUGGGUCCAGUCUCGAUGACCUGGAUGACAUAACAGAUGCUGACAUCAGCUCUUCAGCCCCCAGCAUGUACGCGUGUCAUGACGUUUUCACAAACUAUCUGCAAGAUUAUUCGUCUGUACCCACUGAAGUCUGUCCCUUCCUCCCCAAUCCUUAUCUGUUUGGCUCACAUAUGCCUCAGCCUGGCCCAUCGUAUCAAUCAUAUAGCGAAAUUGCUGAUAUUGAAGAUGACUUGAGAGCAGAUGGCCCUCUUCCAGCUGCUGACAGCUCUGGAAAUCAACAGUAUGGCCCUUACUCUGCGGAGGUGGAUCUUUAUAACAGUGAGGUGGAUGAGGGACUUUGGGAAUCUAUUCUGUCACCAGAUGAUGGCACUUCCAUGACGACCACAGAGGCCCCUUUGAGGAAACCUGCAGCUGUACAGGCAUGUAGCAGUGUUGCAGUCAACACAGAGGCCUAUGAGCUUUUUGAGAGUAGCUGUGGUGACAUCAACAAGAAAGAAAAGAGCAACAAAGAGUUAGAGCAACAGAUCAACAAGAUGGAGAAUGACUAUGAAAAAAUAAAUCUAAGGCGCAAAGAGGCCAUUACGUCCCUCGAGGAAGACUUGCAGAGAAUCAGUACCAACAUACAGGUGACCAAUACAGAGCUGGCACUGUUCCAGCAGAAGCUUGAAGAAGAGGUAAAGAAAGACCAGAAGGAGAAGAAAGGCAACCAGGAGGCACUGAAGUCCCUGAAAACAGAGAUAGAACAGCUCGUGGAGGAGCAGGAGAGCCUUACCAGAAACAUCAGACAGAAGAACAUGAAGUAUCAGACACAGCUCAAUGACUUCUUAGAGCUGAGUAAUCAGUCGGCGGCCAAGAGGAUGAGCCUGGAGGACGAGAUCAAGCGAUGUAAAGACUUGUGCACCAAGGCCAAAAGGAGGUCUCAGACAGCUCAGCUGUCUAUGGUGGAGAGUUACUAUGAUCCAACAUUGGAGUGCCACUACAAAGUUCUGGCAGAUGCCAGAGCCAUGCUGGCCAAACUGGAGGACGUGGCUCCGAGAUACCCUCCUCAAGACCUGACCGUUCCUCUAAACACCUGGAGAUCUCGUGUCCAGGAGGCUGAGAAGAAAAUCGCCACCACCAAUGCCCAGUAUCAGGAGCAGAUCAGCCUGGUGAAGAAAGGCAGCAGGAUGAAUGAGUUGCCUCCAGUCAACACUGCCAACCCUCCUGAACUCCCAGCUACACCGAUGUCUCUGCCAGCCCAAGAAUCUGUUCAUCAGGCUCCUCAUCAGUCCACCCUCAGUGGUCCCACACCCUCGCAGCAGUCCAGCUCAUCUGGGGCUGGAGUCAAAGGGCUGAGUGGGUCGGCUCAGCAGCCCCAACAUGUGGCCAGGACACAGGAGCCGCAGCAUGUCACUGUGUUCAGCAGGGCUUUGGAGCAACUCACCAGCAUCUUCUCUGACUACACCAGGUCAGACUUGAUGAUGUUCAUCCAGGACUUGCGUUCAGCCAACGGUGGAAGCCUGAGCAGCAUGGCUCUGCAGGACGUGGUGAACGGAGUGACCCAGCUGAUCCUGGAUCAGCAGGAGCGCAUGAGUUCUGAUGAGAGAGCCGACGUUCGGCAGCGGGGCAGUCCGGCUCCGUGUGCCUCCGCCUCCUCAGCACCUCCUGCCCCAGUCUGGCAAGCCCUGGGACCCCAGAAGCCCGCCCACGCCACGGCUCUGAACAUGGAGGACCCCUGCAUCAUCUGUCACGAUGACAUGAGUCCAGAUGACGUGUGUGUGCUGGAGUGCAGACACAGCUUCCAUAGAGAGUGUAUAAAGUCGUGGCUGAAGGAGCAGAGCACCUGUCCGACCUGCAGAGAGCACGCCCUGCUGCCGGAGGACUUCCCCAUGCUGCCUGGACGGAGGCGCCGAGCUCACAACCCUGCAGCCGUGUGACGUCAACCAGCUGUUCCAGUACCCACCUGCUGCAUUUUACCUUACAUUUUCCUUUUUUUUUACCAAGCCAUUUCAUUAAAAUAACAAAUGGC